AUUUCAUCCUUCUUUUUACCCUUUUCUUUUCCUUUUUAUUUCUUCCUUACCAUUUUCAAACCUCAAAAAUCUCCACUCCCGCGUAAGAAUACGAUACGCUUCUUCUUUUGCCAAACUAACAAUGGACGACUCAUUAAGCAAAUUCUGCAAAACCAUGGCCGUUUUCUGUAACAAUCUCGAAAACAGCUGCUACGCUCUCAAAGAGUCAGUGGAUCGUCGCCCCAUACCCCUUGAUUCAGCUUCGACGACCUUUGUACAAAGCCUGAACCAGAGAGUAAUGUCACUAAGCGGUAACCUCAAUGUGCUGGAGUCCAUGUCUUGUGGAACGGUGUCGUUCGAGGAGCUGCUGGGCCAUUGCAAUGAAGUUUUCAAGAAGAACCAAACUGAUCUUCUGUCCCUUCAGGACCGUCUCCAUAAUCUUGGCUACAUUGCUUCUGUCAAUCUUAUUGGUGAAGAUAGUGAAGGAGAAGAAGAGGACCCUAAUGUUUCAGAAGAUUUAUCUUAUGACUGCAGCUUAGACUUCAAGAAAAUUGAAGAUGAUCCUUUGCUGGAUGAUACUCUGAAUUUGCAGAACCUUGGUCUCUCUGAUGUUUGCCUAGCUACCAUAGCAUCUGAAGCAAAUACUAUAUAUGAGAAAGAGGGAUGCUAUCUAUCCACCGAAAAGAAACAGGAUAGUAGAGAUGGGAAAAUGAACGAGGAAUUGAAGUCAUCUGAAGAUAUUCAGUCACUGAUAACUGUGUCAGAAGAUGAUUAUGAAAACCUCCCCAAACAUAUGAAGAAUUUAGCUUCAUGGCAGGAGUUAGUUGUUGCUGUUGAGAAGAUGAACUCAUUCCUUGACACAAAAAAGACCAGGCCAUACUCCUUCCAGCAAGCUGAAAUUGUGGAAUUAGGAUUAGUGAACUCAUAUGGAUCAAGCAACUGUUGUAGGAGUUGAAUUUUGGAGGUACUAAAGAUGGAACUUGUGUGUGAUAAUGAAGCUAUUCUUAACAUUGCGUCAAAUCCAAUAUUUCACGAGAGGACCAAACACAUCGAAAUUGAGUGUUAUUUCGUUAGAGAAACUGUAUUCUCAGGAAGCAUCUUCACAAGGUUCGUGCGGUCAAGUGAUCAAUCUGUAGACAUUUUUACCAAGUCCCUAGCCGGUCCCAGAACAAGUUAUACAUGUAACAGGCUUAGUACAUAUAAUUUGUAUACACUAGCUUGCCGGGGGGUGGGGUGUUAGAAUCAUAUGAACGUUCUAUAGCAUAUGUGUAAAUAUAAUUUAAUCCUAUUUUAAUUAGGUAUUGAUUUGUAUCGAUUUCUUUUCCUUUUUAGGACAUGUAAACUUGCCUAUUUAGACUCCAAUAGCUUGUUGGAAUAAUCAAGCUGAAUUCUCUCUCAAA